GUUUCGAACUAACAGUUCAAAUUGUGCGUUACAUUCAGUCUUCAUGCAAUAAAUAUUCUAUGCAACUUAGUCUUCCGAUUAGAAUCACAGAAUCUGUCUUCAUUGUGUUAAAGAGCAGGUGAAUUCACAUUUAGCAAAAAUGAAUGGCGUGAAGGAUUUUCCUCGACCAAAUUCAUCUAUUCGAUCAUACACUCUAGAAAAAUAUCAGAUGCUUCGUUUUGAAGUCACUUUACCAUCUGGCUUGACUCUAGUUUCUGGUGCUGCUGAGGUAUUUGGUACUGAACUCGUUUGCGGUUGGGAGUUACAGUUGCAUCCGGGUCAGCGAGGAACAGUCGUUACGUUCCAUGGUUGUAAAUUAAUUGUCCAAGAUCAGGGAGUUGCUGCCUAUAUUAUGGCAUCAUCGGAAGAUCAAGAAAUUGUGCACAUAUAUAUGAACAUUCAUGCAAACCUGGAAGUUUCACGACAAAAAGCUGUAAAAGAGCAGAGUAGAGGACCACGAGUGUUAGUAUGUGGUCAAGAAAGUGUUGGGAAGUCUACACUUUGUCGCACUUUGGCAAGUUAUGCAGCUCGUAGAAAACACAAACCAAUACUGGUAGAUGUUAACGUCGGACUCAAUCAGGUGUGUAUACCGACAACUAUUGCCGCAAUAAGUGUGACUAAACCAUAUGAUUUGAUGGAAGGGUGGAGUUUAGAAGAAGAUCCACUGGUAUUCUGUUUCGGUCACACAGAUCCUGCGAGUAACCUGAAUCUCUUUCGGGAGCAAGUAAAUCGAUUAGCUGAACUUAUAAAUAUUCGUUCUGAGAAUGAUAUGAAUAUAUUCACCAGUGGUUGUAUAAUCAAUAUGAGUGGAUUUCGUCAAGAUGAUUCAGAUGGUGGAUCUAGCAAAGAAAAGGGUAUACAAGCCAUACGAACGACUGCUGCAGCUUUUGAAGUUGACACAUUAUUGGUCAUAGAAGAUGGAUUUCUGGCUUCGUUUCUGCGUGAAGAUCUUCCUCCUGAGGUAGCUAUAGUAAGAUUGCCCAAAUCGUCAGGUGCUAUAACCAGAAGUCCAGAUCAGUGGACACGUCAACGAGAUGCUCGAGUUUGCGCGUAUUUACAUGGCGAAAACCCCUUGAGACGUUUGCAUCCACAUCAAAUAACGCUUAAAUCUUCUGAGUAUUCAAUUUACAAAGUUGGAAGUGAGGCUAUUCCUGAUGCACUUCUCCCACAUGGAGCACAGGAAGAAGAAACAUGGCGUAACCCAAUCCAAGUUUCGGUUAGUAGAGAUUUGAAGAACCGUCUGUUGGCAGUUUCUCAAGCUUCGGAACCUUACCAAGUCCCAGAAGCUCCUGUUUAUGGAUUUAUUGUGGUUGUUAGUGUUUCCGAGGACAAGUCCACAUUCACCAUACUCAGCCCUAGUGCUCAUCCUCCUCCAAAUAAUUUAUUUUUAUUAACUAGUAUCUGUUACAUCGAUCCCGAGUCAUUGUAAUUUCAUAUAUAAAAACAGACUAAUGGUCUUGUAAAUACAUUUCCCUGUUGUCAUAAAACCAAAUAUUUCAUUUUAUUAGAAAUAAAUAUCGUAAAUCUGAUCAUUUGCACAUAAAAACUUUGCAUGCGAGCGAUAUAAAUUGAUAUAGAAUCUAUGAAGCUGUUGAGAAAACAUACGUCCAAGUAUUGUAAAAGGGAUAUGUAAUCGAAUUUUAAUCAUACACGAAACAACUACACUUCAGCAGGAUGUUCAAUCUGAGAAACUUGUUUUGCAAUACAGUUUAAAUAGUUAGCAGUAUAUGGAAUAAAGAUUUUGUAUCAACUGGAUUAAUUGAACGGAUACCUGCAUUAGGUCUGCCGUUUUAAUAGGAAUAUAUUUAACCAAUGAAGCAAUAUAUUUGUGUUGUUAUUUAACAAAAUGUCGGCAAAAGUUAUUUGUAUACGUAUUCAUAUAAUACAUAUUUCUGUGUCA